CUCAGGAGCUCCAAUAAGUGUGCCAGUAACAUACAACGCCUCACCUGCUGUCUGAUUAACCAUGACGCUUCCUGCCCCUUCGUCUCCGCUGUCCUCACCUCCGAACCAAUCCAUCCUCAGAGAGGCCUCAGCAAUACAGGAAGAUGUACAAUACCGGCCACCAAAGGAACUCCCCUUUGAGCUAGCACAACAUGUGCAGACCUACUUUGAAGAAGGGCUUUUCACCCAAGCCUUUAGCUUUCUCCUAUCAAUCAUUGGCAACAGCGCGUCUCCCCUUGCUCGUCUCGGGCCAGUGACAAUUCCCCCUCCCUCUCAAAUUGCUCUUGCCGCCACACUCGCAGUUCAUCCCACCACUACAUCCAGGACCAGCUCGCGGGAAAAAUGGAAUCAGGCCAAUGCCGCCAUCCGGCUACUCAGACUAGUCUUCACGCUCGUGGGACCCGUCAAUGCCGACUUCAACACAGCAUUUGCCUUCCAUAAAUUCGACUUUCGGUUCACCCGUCGCAGCGAUCAUCGUCUCGAUGAUGAGGAGGAUGAUGCAAGCGGCGACGGCGACGACGUAGCGAGAAAAAGCGAUCUAAAUACUCCCUAUGCCCGCUCGCAGAGCCUUUGGACUCGCGCUGAAGAUUUCUGGCAACUAGUGGGUUGGGCGUUCAACUGUGCAUGCCACCCGGGCAUUCAUGCUACCCGGUGGAAUCAUUACCAACUUCUGCUUGAGUUCCUGGUUGACGCGCUAGAAAAAGACUGGCAGAUGCGAACCACCUCAGAAAAUACAUCGGCCGAUGAGUCCUUGCUCUGGCAGUACAUCGAACUUUCCGCUGGGGGACAUGCACGCGCAAGACGGAUCUUGCGAGCCAUUUUUGCGGAUGGGAGUCGGCGCUCGCUCAGCGAGUUUCGGGAAAUAUUCCCUCAUGAAUUGAAAGAUCCCGAGCAGGAAGAUGGGAAGAUCAAGAAGCGGGAAGUCGACGUCAACAUUGACCAGGAUAUUUACGGUGACUAUUUGGCUCAGGACGACUUGGACGUUUUCGAUGCCGACGAUGGCGAUGAUGCAGCAAGCACUGGCACCGGAGCAAGCGGGCGACCUCCAAAGCGCUUACGAAAACGAAAUCGGACCCCUUCAUCGACGGGAAUAACGCCGAAGACCAGUGCAGGAAGUCUCCGCAGCGCGUAUACCACAGACGGGGAGGACGCGCCUGCCUCGCUGGCCACAAGGCUCGGCGACCCUUCAUGCCUCUCUCUUCGCCUCCGGCUGUUAAGGCUGCUCACCCAUGCCUCCUCUCACCAGACUCUGAUGUCCACGUCCCCGACAACGUUUCCCGACCUGGAGGAGCUCUAUACACUUUUCGUGGAGUUCAUCCGCCCUCUUUCCCUCCCCGUCUUCGCGCAGAUUGUCCUUCCCACCCCGUCAAACCCUCUCGAACCGACCUCUCUGGCAAAUCUGUGCGAGGCUCUUCUCCAACGCCUCCUCGAAACCUCCGCCCCCAGUAUCCGCAGCCACGUCUUGCUCUCCGAGGAAAAGCUUGAGCAAGAAUACCUCCGCUUUGCUGCGUCAAAGAACAGUGUCGACGCCAACGCCAGAGUCAGUGUCCUGUUGGAGAGUUUAACCAGAUGCCUCGCGCGCAUCGGAGAUCUGAAGAAGACCGAAAGUUUGGCUUGGGCAGCUAGGGCCGGCAUAGAGAGGAGGAUCGGCCGUGUCGCGGAUUUCGCAGAGAAAAAGGGAGGCAGCAAGAAGAGGCAAGGAGACGACGCCGUCGCAUGGGAGUGGUUGGUUGAAAGUGGGGAGAGGAUUACGAGACUCAUAGAAGGGUUGCCCUUGGGAGAACGAGAAGGAGCAUGAGAUAUGGUUCGCGGCGGCAGGUAAAAGACCCACGUAGGAAAGCCGCUAGACGUACUGCCUACCAGACACUCCAAACCAUGAAGCUUCCGAGCAGGACUCUACUUUGUCUUCCGUCAAGAAGCCCAACCCGCUGGUAUUGCUCAUCGUACGUAUCUCAUAACACUCACUAUGCCACCGUUGAAGCGCA